AUGCCAUCGCCGAGUGCGAGUCCACGCAGCCCCCGGGACAGCCCCCGCAGUGCGAGAGACAGCCCCCGCAGCGCGCGGGAAAGCCCGCGCGGCGGGGACAGCCCCCGUGUAGGCGGCCGCAGGCUAUCAGCACGCCGGCGGCAAUCUGCGCAUGAGGACUCCCCGCGCUGGGAGACCGGCCCCAGGGUGCGCCCGGCUGCCCACCGCAGCAACUCCUCGCUGCUGGCGGACUUCGUGGUAAAGAACGAUGAGAUCGAGCUGCUGAAGGAGUCCCUGCAAAAGGGCGGCGGCAUCGUGGCGCGGAAAACCGCAGGGGAGUUCCUCAAGGGCUUCCGUUUGGCCGCUGGGGCCGAUCUCAAGCUUGAAGCCUUCGACAUCGUCGGCCUCAAGGAGGGGGACGAGCUGGACGUGCGCCUGGCCGACGUGGUCCAAGACUCUUUGACGGGCAGCAAAGAGGACGACAGAGACAUCCACCUCUUGGCUCGUCCCCCUUGGUACGAGCCGGAGGAGGUGCCAAAGGCAAGGCGCUGCCGCCGCUUCUGGAGCUGCUUGCUGCCCUGCUGCGUGCGUCCUGGCGGGCGCCGCUGGCGGCGGCAGCGCCGCUGCGGCGAGGGCCUCUACUCCUGGCUGGUGCGGGUGCAGCAAGCCUUCCUCCGGCUCAUCUACCGCAGGACCUCUGCCAGCAAGCGCCGGGAUAUCUUCGUGAGCUACCAGUAUUCAGACAAAGAUCUUGCCCGUUGGCUUCGGCUCUUUUGCGAUAUGCGGUCGCUAUCCGUCUAUGCGCAACUGCCCCGUGAUGCCGCCCGGAUGGCGUUGCGAGAGGAGAAGGCCAAGCAGGAGGCGCAGGCGGCAGGGAAGGCUGGCCGCAAGUCCCGGAGGAUGUCCCUGCGCUCCAUGGAGGAGCCGAACGAGGCCACGGGCGCUGAGGAACAGGAAGCGGAGGCAAAGGAGGAUCUGGACACAUCUCUCUUGCUCGAUGUACCCAGCGACUCCUUCACACAGUGGCUGAAAGAUCGUGAGGAGAUGAUCCGUGGCUCUCGGGUGCUCAUCGUCAUCGCCAGCCAGGAGGCCCUGGAGAAUGCGUCCGUGCUUCAAGACUGCACCUGGGCCUUUCAAUGGGGUGUACCUGUGCUGCCAGUGCGGCGUGGCCAGGCCAAGGAGCUCCGAGAGCUGCGGAAGAAGCUGGGCUUCAUCUUCGCCCUGAAGCUCGGGGUGCCGGAGGUGGGCCUCGGAACCAAUCGGAAGGAUUUCUUCUUCAAGGUCUCGGCCGCGCUGGCCGCCGGAAUUCGCAUGGGCCGCAAGACCAAGGGCAAGCGUUUGCCGCGGAACAUGUGGGACUUCUUUCUGCGUGCUGUGAAGCAGCUGAAUAGAGAUGCCAACGAGGCGGCUGAGCAGAAGGCCCAGGUGGCCGCACCAUGCCUCACCGCUGGAGAAGCGCGCUUCCGCAUUGACAAGGGCAUGCUGGUGGGCCUCCCAGACAUGGGCCAGCUGGAGCACAACGUGCCGGAGGAAGUGAAGGAGGCCGUGGAGACUGAGGGCAACCCAGCACUGCCGCAGGCUGAAGAAGACCUGACGGGCCUCAGCCCAGAGAUGGAGGACAGGACCUUCGGGGUGCUGUCCAUGCUGAGUCUCCAAGGCUCUCAGAACCCGCAGGUGGCCACCAAGGCGGCGCAGGCCCUGCGCGCAAUCACCGCCGCGGAGCCCGGGGCGCGUGCUGUGGCGAGCUUCGGCGGGGUGGAGGUCUUGCUGUCCCUGGCGCAGCUCGCGUCUGAGGGCGCCGUGACGGCCAACGCCCGCGCCCAGGACAAGAAGGGCCGCGGCAAGAGUGGCUUUGGCUUCCGUAUUCCCCAGGGUUCCUCUCGGAACACCAGCGCGAGGGCGGUAGAGGCCUUAGGCUUUGGCAAGAGCGCGCGACGCGGCGACGGCACGGACCUGCCGCCAGAGAGUGCUCGUGGAGACUUCUCCCCAAAGAGCGCACGUCGGAGGGGGAAGGAUGAAUCCCCGCCAAUGUCUGCGCGAGGGGGAACCUCUCCUAGGAGCGCACGUGGCCGGAGGGGUGCAGAGGAUGAAUCCCCGCCAAUGUCUGCGCGAGGGAGAACCUCUCCUAGGAGCGCACGUGGCCGGAGGGGUGCAGAGGAUGAAUCCCCGCCAAUGUCUGCGCGAGGGGGAACCUCUCCUAGGAGCGCACGUGGCCGGAGGGGUGCAGAGGAUGAAUCCCUGCCAAUGUCUGCACGAGGGGGAACCUCUCCCAGGAGCGCACGUGGCCGAAGAGGAAUGGAGGAUGACUCCCCGCCAAUGUCUGCACGUGGUGGAAACUCUCCAAUGAGUGGCCGGAAAGGUGCAGAGGAGGCACCAGAGUCUGGCCGAGAGAGGCCCACGCUAGCCGGUCUUGCCGGGCAGGAGUUCCAGGAAUUCAGGACCAGCGAGGCCGCGCCCAGCACCUGCGGCGCCUGUUGCGCCGCUUGUUGCAAGCGGCGAAGGGGGGAUGAACUCGCCGAUGAUGACGAUGAUGAAGAGCAAGGGGGUGCAGGCGGAGGCGGCGGCAAGCGGUCCUCAGGAGACAAAGAUUCGGUGGGCCUUUACCUCCGCUUGGCGGACCACUCCUUUGCGGCCCUGCGGAACUUGGCGGCGCACUCGCAGAGCCGCAAGCAGCAGAUCCUGGAGCAGGGCGGCGAGCAGGUGGCGGUGGAGGCCCUGGGCGCAUUUCGGCUGCAGAAGGUGGCGGAGAACGCCUGCAUCGCCUCCGCCGCUCUGGUGCGAAACCUCUCCGAAGGUGCCACGGCGUUGAGGCCUUGGCGGAGGCAGGGUUCCUGA